CCUGACACUUCCCCUGCCUUCCAGACAGACUCAUCGCCACGGUUACCAGACCAAUCAGUAGACCUCCGACCCGUCUCCGUAGUUUAGUGCCUAGCAGAGUAGCUAUCUGUCUCUGUUGGUCUGUCAAACAGUCGGUACAUCAAUCUGUCCAUCCGUCCGUCAGCCAGUUAGUAAGCCAGUCAAUUAGUCAGCCAGCCAGUCAGUCAGCCAGUCAGCCAGUCAGUCAGUCAGCCAGCAUGUCCGUGUUCCAAUCCAGGACCCUCUCUCUGGCCCUACUGAUCACCAUGUGUGUGUACCUCACCUCUGUGUCUGCUAACUAUCGUCGGCCAACUAAGGUAACCACAAGUUGCUGCACAAGUGUGUCUGACUCUCACAUCAAAUUUAGACUGCAAGGAUACCACAUCCAAAAUGCCAUGCCACCCUGUGUUGAUGCCAUCGUCUUCUACACAGGGAAAGGAGGGAAGAUCUGCUCUGAUCCCAAAGCACCCUGGGUCAACAAGAAAAAGCAAUAUUUGAAUGUGAUGAAAAAGCAAAGAAGACAAGUUUGACCAUGACUGGAACCCUCUCAACUGUAAACACGUCACCUCACCAUCUAGUGCAUCCUCCUCCCAAGAUCCUCUAUCAGCAUACUUCACUUUUCUGCUUAUUUUUUGUCUGUCUGGUCCUUAAGAUUAUUUUGUUGUGUUAUAAAUUGAUAGAAUUUCAUUAAAAUACAGUACGUUACA